AUGUCAGUGGUGGAGAUGACGAUGACCGAGUUUCAGAGUGGGAGGCCGGGUCGUCGAAUGUCGAUCCGACUCAAGACGGUUAUGGAAGGUGAGGAUACCAUCGAUUUGAUUCAAGACGAUUCCGAUUCGAGGAGAUUACAGAGAGUUGACAGCGGCGUCACUAGCGGUGGAGCUGGAGGGGAAGCUGACUCCACUUUGCGAGCCGAUGAUUCUUCCAUAACGUUGUUGAAAAGGGUUCGUUUGGUUUGGACUCCUCAACUGCACAAGCGAAUUGUGGAGGUUGUUGGGCAUUUAGGAGUGAAGAACGUUGUUCCUAAAACGAUUAUGCAGAUGAUGAACGUUGAAGGAUUGACCAGAGAGAACGUCGCCACUCAUUUACAGAAGUAUAGGCUUUAUGUAAAACAGAUGCACGGAUCAUCUAACGAAGGGCCAUCUUCUUCCGAUCCUUUGUUCGCUUCCGCUGUUGUUCCCAAGAGGUUUCACGAGUCAGAUUAG